AUGAUGAACAAAUUGGCAGUUAAAAGUGGGAUCUGUCAGUGAUAUGGCGCUAAAUUCACAAAUAGGGUAUUCACAGAAUGGAAUUGAAAUUUUCCUAUAAUUCCGCAACUCUUUUCGUCACCAUAUUUACCACAAAAUCUGCAAUUUCUCAUUUCGUUUCGCUCUCUGAACCCAUUUCAUUUCUUCAUUUUCAACAAUUUCAAUUCCAAACCCCCAAAUCAAUACUGAAUGAAGAUUUUAUGUCGCAAAUCCGUCAAGUGAUCAUUUUCAGGGUUAUUGAAUGGAAGCUACAAGUGUUUAUGCAGAAACAUUUGAUCGUAGCGUAAAAGAUAAGCAGGUAAGAAUACAUUCCGAAAGUAUCGAUGAAAUUCGAAGUAUUGAAAAUGCAAGCAUUGAGGUAGUAAAUGGAAGUGAGAGAAGUAGUGAUUCAGAAAGGCCAAUAGAUGUCAUCACUAGAUGUGAAAGUGGCGAGAAUAGUUAUUCGGUGACACAUGUCAAUGGAACCAAAAGCUCGUCUUCGUCGAGUAGAAGCUCUUCGUCAGAGUCAUCAUCGGAUGAUUUCUAUCGGAUGGAUGCAGCUGAACUUGCAUCAAAAUCUGAGAAAAGUUAUGUUGAUAGUUUUGAGAGCUCUGCGAAAUCUGAGAAAAGUUAUGUUUAUAGUAGUGAGAGCUCUACGAAAUCUGAGGUUGAUGAUAGCCCUCCAGCUCCAACAUCAACAUAUCAAGUUUACAAUUUGGCUGGUAGCGAAAACGGUAUGUCACCAACCGUAAGCCCUCCUAUCCAAGUGAUGGAUCGAUCCGGAAGAAUUGAUUCUGCCAGGAUUCCGUCUUCGGUGUUUGAUGGAAAUAAUAGUGGUAAUAGUCCAUUGGAAUGGAGUAUUGCUUCUAAUGAAUCACUGUUUAGUAUUCAUAUAGGCCACCAUAGUUUUAACAGAGAGAAUACCUUUAAGGUUGGUGAAUUACACGUGUCACAAGAAUCGACGAAACCUGAUGAGUUAAAUAUGCUUAACCGACUACCAUCAGUUACUAUAGAGGAGAUAGACACUGCCAGCCCAAGUGCCGACAUAGAGAAGCUGGAAAAGUCGGAUGAAUCUUUCAAGCUCGCCCCAAAGCCAAGUGAAGACCAAACUGACAUAAAGACUCUUCAUCAGUCUGCAAGCAGCAUUUCUACUAAGUCAAGUGUGACGAGUCCCUCCAGCGAAAGUGGAACCACGGGACACGCUUUUGUCCCAUUAAAGAAGCGUUCACGGCCUUUGUGCUUCGGUUGUAACUGUAGUUGGGCGUUCUGCAACCAUAAUUGGCCGACAUGCUGCCAGUACAAAUGGCCCACCUGCUGCCACGCAUGGCCAAGUUGCAAGUGUUCAUGUGGUUGGUUGUUAUGCGGUUAUUGCAACGGUGGCCGUGUCUCCCCUAUUUUGACUGAAACAACAGAGAGUAAUAGUUUUAUGAAGACAAAUACUCCUAGUCCUAGCAAGCAUUCAUAUAAUGAAGAAUCAGAAACAACAAGCAGCUCCAAUUCUAGUUUCUGGUAUUGUUUCAAAUCUGAACAAGCAUGUGAUGUUUGUUCCAGCUCAAAUUCUAAUUGUUGCAGUUGGUUCUAUUGUUUUUCUUGUCCUUCUUGUACAUGUAAGCUUUCUUGCACAAAGUGCAAAAGUUGUUGUUAAGGAACUGAGUUUUACAGAAUUCAGAUGCCACAUUUUUUAAUAGUUAAUAUCUUCUUUAGCUUUUAAGGUUUGAUCAAA